AUCGCAAGCUUAGUAACAUUUUGCCCGAACUGUAAACAUGGCGUUACGCAGUCAUGCGACCAUCAACAUGAAGAUCUGUUUAAAGCUUUUAACUGUGGUUUGUUUUAGUGUUCUUAUUAAAGGAGAGUAUCAACUUAAGGACCUAGAGUUUAACUUUAAGCAAGGCGACCCACCACCACGCAUUUUCACCGCAGAACAGAUUGCGGAAUAUGAUGGCAGCGAUCCCAAGAAACCCAUCUACAUGGCUGUAAAAGGUGUGGUCUUUGAUGUAUCAAAAGGCAUAAAUUUUUAUGGAAAAGGUGCAUCUUACAAUGCACUAGUGGGUAAAGAUUCAUCCCGAGGAGUGGCAAAAAUGUCUCUAGAACCUGAGGACCUAACCCAUGAUAUUUCAGGUCUCGAACCUGAUGUCCUGAAGGCUUUGGAUGAUGUAUUUCAAGGUACAUAUAUGGCCAAAUACCCAGUUGUUGGCUACAUGGACUAUAUCCUUGAUAAAUACCAUGACAAGUUUGUACAGCUGAAAGAGAAAGUCGAACUGUAAUGACCAAAUAAAAGUGUGGGAACAGUUGGGGAAAUCUAACUCAUUUUGGCUUAUAUGAGGCCUUUAUAAGAGCUAUGCAAUCAGGUUUUGGAGAAAGUGGUUGUGAAACUGAGAAACUUGUUUUUAUUUAUUUGUUAGUUUGUUUUCAAUGAAUCCUGUUUGUUGUUCAAAGUUAUAAUGCUCUAUGAAGUAAAUAAUAUAAGGCUUUUUUACAGAUGCUCAAUAUUUUGGCUAUCUUUUAGCAAAUGUUAUGGAUGCCAGUCCUCAGAAACAAGGUGUCAAAUAAACUAUGGUCAGUGUC